AUGACAAAGAAUGGCAGAAAAGAGGUGAAAGAAUUAUUGGCUUCCUUCAAGGAAGCUUUGGAAUCUUGGUUGAUUACUAUCAAUGAUCCUAUAAAAAUCAAGGAAAUCAAAAGUGCUUCAGUAGAUAAUCCUAUAGAAGAAUUAACCAAAUUAGUAUCUUUAAUUAAAGCUCAUACAACCAAGAUCGGGAUAAUUUUCAAACCUGAAACUUUCCAAAAACAAUUUGAUGCUGCUUAUAAUACAGUUUCUAAAGCCAGUGAAUCAAUUAUUCUCCUUAUUUCAAUAAUCCCACAAUUAAAUCCUGAAACCUUAUCUAUAAUAUUUCACGAUGAAAUUAUCUUAAAGAUCAGUGAAAUCUUCCAAAGUAACCUUGAACUUGUCAGUCAAUUACAAAUCAUCGAACAAGAAACCCUGGAAGAAGAAUCAGAAGAAGUUGCAAGGGAUAUAAAUACUAGAUUAAUGUCUGUAGGAAAAGUCUGGUCAAGUUGUGAUAAUUUGACUAAAGUCUUGAAAGAUGGUAAAUUGGGAUUACUUAAUACUAAAUUCAAACAAAGCAUCAUGUUGAUAGAAGACGGAUUGGAUGAAUUUGAAGAAUGGGUUGAAGAUCCUGAAGUAUCGGAAGAUCCUUUCGGAUUCGAAGAUGAAGAUGAAGAUGAAGAUGAACAACCAGAAGAACUUGACGAAGAAACUAAAGCUCAAUUGACUGCUUUCGGAACAAAGAUUUUAAAUAAAUUCAAACUUAUCAAACUUUUAUUUUCCUCCAUAUCCAAAUCAUUACCAUCAAUCACAUCAGGUAAAACCAUUAAUGAACUAUUUGAGAAUCAAAAACAAAUAGUCAAUCUUGUUGAUAAGCUUAUAGUUGAAUUAAUGAUGAAUGCUAAAAUAAGUCACAUCACUGAUGACUUAAUAACCAGUAUUAAUAAGAAUUGUAAUAAUUUACUUAAGAUUGUUAAAGCAGUCAAUAAAUCUAAUGAGAAUAAAGUCAAAUGGUGUGAAGCUUGGGAGUCGAAGUUUUCACAAUAA